AUGCGACACGUCGCGGUUCUUCUGUUUUUCGUUACCGCCAGUAAGGCGGUGACAUUUUCGAAAAGGGCAUCCGGAGGAUGUGACACACAAGCAGACGUUACAUUUUUAUUAGACUCUUCUGAUACAGUAGGACCAGAUAACUUCAAGAAACAAUUAGAAUUUAUUAAAAGCACAGUGAACAAUUUACAAAUAGCACCAGACAAGACUCAAGUGAGUGUGGUGACGUUUAGCAAUGGCGUCUACAAUCAGUUCUUCCUAAAUCAAUAUUCCACGAAAUCGGACAUUAUCAAUGCCAUUUCUGGAAUACAGUUUCGAGGAGGGAGAACACAUACUGCUGACGCAAUACGAUACGUCAAGCAGACGACAUUCAACCCCAUCCAUGGCGCCAGGGGUGGUGUUCCACACAUUGCAGUACUUGUCACCGAUGGAGGGUCAACUACACCCGAUAUUACCAAAGUACAGGCACAGACCGCCAAAGACAACAAUGUGAUUCUGUACGGUGUGGGGGUAGGGUCAGGUGUGAAUAUGCAGGAAUUGACCUCAAUCUCCAGUGACCCAGAUUCCAGAUACAUUCUGAAGGCUGACAGUUAUGGAUCUUUGAAUACCCUUUCAAGUGCUCUGUCAACCAAAAUCUGUAACGAGCUGCCACCAAACUCAAACCAGCUCCCUCCACCAAACAGUUGUUUGCAAAAGGCUGAUCUUGCCUUCUUGGUUGAUUCAUCCUCUAGCAUCGGUGCUGCUAAUUUCCAGAAGCUUGAAACAUUCCUGAAAGGCGCAAUAUCACGAUUGGAUGUGGGCGCAGAUAAGGUUCAUGUUGGUCUCAUGCAAUAUGGAAGCUAUCCCUCUAUAACGUUCCCUUUAACCAUGUACAACAACAGGGGAGAUGCCCUUAAAGCAGUGGAAAACAUGAAUUAUAUGGGUGGUGGCAGUGACGCCGGUGGCGCCCUCCAAUACAUGACAGAUAAGAUGUUUGGGCAGAACAGCGGUGCUCGAGGCAACGUCCCGCGGAUCGCCAUAGUCCUGACAGAUGGUAACUCUAACAGUGACGCCGACACAACAAGUGCCGCUGAUAGAGCCAGGCAACAAAACAUAGGCCUAGUUGCCGUAGGCGCUGGUCCUAACUUACAAACCUAUCAACUAAACCAUAUUGCAGGGUCUUCAGACAAGGUCAUCACUGUCAGCGACGUGAACAACAUAGACACAAUCAUUGAUCAAGUCCUGCAGAAGGCUUGUCAAAUACACGCUACAAUUCCUCCAAUGACAACCUCGGCACCGGGUGCAACUCCUUCUCCCGACGCUUGUAAAGACAAAGUGAACAACUGUAGGCAGUACGGACAACAAGUGUGCACGAACUAUAAACCCUGGGCCAGGGAUAACUGUGCUCUUUUCUGCGGAGUCUGCCAACGUUAUUUUACAGCCCAGCAAGUGUCAUGCAGUGACAAAUUACAAAACUGCGCGGCCUAUGGACAAGGUGUUUGCACGAAGUAUGCCGAUUGGGCACGUGAUAACUGUAAACAAUUUUGCGGAUUUUGCGGUCCAAGUACGACCGCAAACGGAUUUUACGGGAGCUGCUCUUACAAAGGAAAAACAUACCAGACCGGACAGAACUGGAGAGACGGCUGUGACUAUGAAUGUGUUUGCGAAGAUGGACAAACAGGAAAAUACAGAUGUUUUAACAGGUGCCCGGUAUACUACAAUCUGCCUGCAGACUGUACAUUGGUGAGACAGACAGGAGAGUGCUGUCUAAAACCUGUGUGCAACUUUCAUCAGAAGAUUGUUACAACAGAAAGCAGUGGAAAAGGAACAACUUCUAGUGGAAUAAAUGUCUGUGUCUACAAAAACAAGCAGUACUUCCAAGGACAGACGUGGAGAGAUAGCUGUGAUAAGCAGUGCACAUGCACUAACUCCACUCAGGGCCUGUACAAAUGUGAAACAAUUUGUCCCACCUUCACUUCUGUUCCAUCUUACUGUACUCUGAAGAAGGAACCUGGAGAGUGCUGUGAGAAACCAGUGUGUGAAUUCAGCCAGCAACAUGGCUCCUUCUCAGGAACUGGUUCCACCAGCGGAAAGGGAGUAGGCGCUGCCCCAUCCACACCCAAACCCUGUGUUGAUCGUUUGAAUGUGUGUGAGAAUUAUGGGAAACAAGUGUGUGUAGAUUACAAGGACUGGGCUGGAGACAACUGCGCCAAAUACUGUGGCUUCUGUUCAAACACAUCACCAACUGGUGGCCCUAACGAUGUAUGUGUGUACGAGGGAACAACUUACAAACAAGGAGCAGUCUGGAAUGUGGGCUGUGACUCUAAAUGUACCUGUGAAAAUGCUUUGUAUGGAUAUUAUAGAUGUGUCAGCAACUGCCCGACAUACAACAAUUUACCCCCAGGAUGUUACCUCAGGAGGAAGACAGCUGAGUGUUGUAAGGUUGUGGAGUGUGACAGUGGGACAUUCGUCAGCUCUACAACAAACCUCAACUCUCUAGCCAAUGGAGGUGGAAUUUAUAUCAAAAAUCCCGAUGGAGGAAGCCAGUUUGUCACGCCAACCAUGCCCACAGGAGGGACCCCUGCCCCCGGCUCAGGAGGCACUGGAAAUAAGGCCCCAACUCUCAAUGGCUGUUUGUACAAAGGAAAACUUUAUGUGAAGGAUCAAACUUGGGAAGAUGGGUGUCAGUUCUCUUGUAUCUGUACUGAUGAAAAAACAGGGGCAUACACAUGUAGACAAAAGUGUCCAUCUUAUGCCCAGAUUCCCAAUUCUUGCCACAUGGAGGCUGACCCUAACGACCCCUGUUGUCGUAAGCCUGUCUGUCGGUACGAUCCUAUCACCGGCCAGACGUACGUACCUAUUCCAGCCUUCGCCCCCGCCGUGACAGGUAAAGGUGUGGUGGAACCCCCCACAAGCUCCGACCUGUUAAACAACACAGAGUACACAGCCACAGUGGCACUGUUCCAGACUGGCUUCACACCCGUACCACCCACACCCAAGUCCAACAUUACAGGAGGAAUAGGCUACUGUGUGUACAAAGGGAAACACUACACACAGUCUCAGAGAUGGGAUGAUGGAUGUGCAUUCACCUGUGUAUGUGAAGACUCCAGAGUUGGAAAAUACAGAUGCUAUGAAAAAUGUGUGAGGUAUGAUAAUCUACCCCAGCCCUACUGCUUCUUGGAGAACGAUCCUGAUAACCCAUGCUGCCAGCGCCCCAAGUGUGUGUUCCCAGUCAACUACAUCACCAAGCUCGACCAAAUCACCACCCCAAUCCCUAAAACAGAUUAUUGUGAAUACAAUGGAAGACACUACCAACAAGGCCAGUCAUGGUACGAUGGUUGUAGCUACAAGUGUACCUGUGAAGAUGCACUGAAUGGAAAAUACAGAUGCAUUGAAAGAUGCCCCACCUAUCCCAAUAUCGCCCCCUCCUGUACCUUUGUCCCUGACCCAGAUGACCCCACCUGUUGUCAGAUUCCCCAGUGUCCCCAGAACAACACCUCCACCAAUCAGGUGCCAACACCCGCACCUUCUGGUAUCUACUCAGGUGUGGAUGGAAAUAAUGAGAUUUUACAUAGGGAAAGUGUGUGUAUAAGGGAGUACUGUACUCCCAGGACCAGAGAUGGGAAGAUGGUUGUGAUCUGA